AUGGAGUCAUUCAACUUUAACGCACCACUGUCUCCAUCGACCACGCCUUCCCAUUCGCCUCUUCAUUCCAUUGGUCUCCCAAACUACACAUUCCCGCCUUCCCCCGACUCGAGCCAGCCUUCGGUGAAGCGAUUGCGUCUGGAUGGCGCAGAGAGCAAUCUGCAUGACUAUUCAAUGGGCUAUUUGGAUUCCUCGCCCAUGAGUCUAGCGGGUCCGGUUACGCAGGACAAUUCCCCCGUUCAAGCUAUCAACAUGAAGAAGAGGAAGGUGGUUGAUGAGGGUAGUGUCGGUGUCAACGCUGGCGUCAACGCUCUCGGGCUCGAUUACAACAACAAGGAGAAUGACAUUGACUACGGCUUCAGCUCGUAUUUCUACCCGAAUCACGACAGCACGGCGAGUCUUAACUUUGCGUAUCCUAAUUGGUGGAUGCCUACGACAACGGCAACUACACCAUUGCCCACGCAAGCCACUACACCACGCGCAUACAACAACAGCUGGUAUCUCCUCAACGACGCGGAGGAGGUGGGUGAUUUGAGUGAGGCGGACAGGAGGUCCUCAACAUCAUCGUCCUUCUCGGCAAGCUCUACUUCAUCGUACGCUGAGUCGCCCAACGUGCUCACGUCACCCGUGUCAGAAGUACACGACCCGUUCUUGAAAGCGAUGCAGCAGUCACCAAUAAGCAUCCCAGAGUCGAACACGAUGAGCGUCGGUCUGCGUCAUAGUCAAAGUCAAAGUCAGUGUGUUGCAAAAGCAUCUUCACCAACCAAGUCAGACCAGCCAAGGAAAAGAGGGAAACUGCCGAAACAGGUUACUGAGACACUGAGGAAGUGGUUAAUGGAACACGCUGGAUAUCCUUAUCCAACGGAGGAUGAGAAGAAAAUGUUAUGCUCAGUGACGGGAUUGACACUGACACAAACAUCUAACUGGUUCAUUAACGCUAGGAGGAGAAUACUUGUGCCUGCACCCAUGUCAGGAGGACAUUCUCGCAAGAAGAGCGCAAGUGCAUCAAAUGCAACAUAUUCAGCACAGCAAUUGCAUGCAGAUGCUAAGACACAGGAAGAUUUGGGAGCGGGAGCGGGAGCAGACGCAGGAGCAGCAGCAGCAGCAGCAGAAACCACAGCACAAGCAACAGCACACGCAUUAGCACAAAGAAAUCAGGCAUCACAACACACGCCAGAAUCACCUCCACCUCUGCACUCAGACUACCAUCAAAUGUAUAAUCAACAGUAUCAGAAGCUGACGCAGGCGUAG